GUGACGUCAUUCACAGUCCGCCUGUAAACUCUCCUUUAAAUAGUGGAAGUGAAAUUAGAUAGUUAGAUAGUUUCUCACACCACUCAUAUCGUAUCCAGCUGAUCUGGAAGACAUGGAAGCUUCGUACAGUUAUGAGGACUACAAGGAGACCGCAGACUGGUUGCUGGCCCAUGCAAACAAGCAGCCGAAAGUCGCUAUCAUUUGUGGGUCGGGCUUAGGCGGCCUUGCUGACUUGCUGGAGGACAAAAUAGUUGUUCCUUACCAGAACAUUCCACAUUUCCCGACUAGCACCGUGGCAGGCCAUGCUGGUCAACUGGUCUUUGGGAAGCUGCAGGGCCAGGAAUGUGUUUGCAUGCAGGGCCGAUUUCACUUCUAUGAAGGCUACAACCUACAAACUGUGACGUACCCUGUGCGAGUCUUCUCCCUGAUGGGUGUGAAAAGUCUGAUUGUGACAAAUGCAGCGGGUGGACUUAAUGGCAACUACAAUGUCGGUGACAUUAUGGUCAUUAAAGAUCAUAUUAACCUGCCAGGUUUUUGUGGACAGAAUCCUCUGAUUGGGCACAAUGAUGACAGUUUUGGAGUGCGUUUUCCUUGCAUGUCGGACGCCUAUGACCGUGACCUGAGAACUUUGGCUAUUCAGACUGCAAAAGAACAGAACUGUGGCAGCUUCCUGCAAGAAGGAGUUUACUGUGUGGUUGCCGGACCCACAUAUGAGACCAUUGCAGAGUGCAAGGUUCUGCAGAAGUUUGGGGCUGAUGCCGUUGGUAUGAGCACAGUCCCAGAAGUGGUGGUGGCUCGACAUUGUGGCUUGCGUGUCUUGGGUCUUUCACUGAUCACCAAUAAGGUUGUGACAGAAUAUGACAGCAACAAGAAAGUAAACCACGAGGAGGUGCUAGCGGUCACCAAGCUCCGAGCCCAAGACCUCCAGAGGAUUGUCAGACACCUUGUCACAAAGAUCUAGCGCCUUAAAUUCAAAUCUGAUUGCACGAGAAGAAGAGUUUCCAAUCUUUUGCUAUUGUAAUGAGAUAGUCAUAUUCUGUUCUUCAAUUAGUAUUCAUUCAUUUUGGCAAGGUCAAUUAUAAACAGCCGUGUAAAAAAAAGGAAAACAAGAGGGCACUUAAAGUUUGGGUAAUGGCAAUCAUUAGCAAUCAGAUCAUACGAUACCAAUACAGAAUACCCAUCCAUCCAUUUUACAUUGUAUUAAUUUUAAUUGAUUAAGAUCAAAUAAGAACAAUAAUGAUAAUACUUUAUUAACACCAACAUAUAUUACAUUUCAACCACUACUGACUUAAGACUUGAAUCUGGUCCCAAGGCGCCACACAGUGGCUGCCUUCUGUUCCUUAUUGAGUAUUAGGACAACUGUCAUGUAAAAUGAAUGCAUAUAGUACAUAUCCUAAGUGCCUAGCACUUUCUCAAUUAUUUUCUGCCAUAUCAUGUCAGUUAUAAAUCAACUGCAUUCAUCUUGUCUUCUCAAAUAACUAUGUUCAACAUUCUUGUGUUCAGACAAAUCUUUUUUUGGGUAAGACAGGUUUCUUAACUGUUGACAGUUUCGGCUGACAUUUCAGCCUUCGUCAGAGCUGUCGUAGCUUCCUGGUGUGACGUGUCUAAAAACAGCUGACCGGGUCGGAAAAACAUUAAAAAUAAAGUUUCCAUAUCCGCUCUGGCACCGCCAAUGAAGCACACCGACCCAGGUGUGCGAAAGCAUGUAAGCCCCCUCAUCCCUGUUCAUGGUGUUGGCCCCUUGCUUCCUGAUUUUCCAUAGCCUCCUUGAUCCAUCACUUGUAUUUGUUUGUUUUUGAUGAUAUGACUUUUCCCUUGUCCCAGUCCAUGAGGUGAUUGUUGCUACUGCAGUGGUCUGUUAUAGCACUUUUUUUUUUCUUGUUCUGCUAAAUGUUUUUGUGUUCUGGUGAACUUUGCAGAAGUCUCCUUCUCGCAUUCGUUUUUCUGUCCUUUUUUUCGGGUGCUGAAGGAUCGUCCAAUCUUUCCAGUACUAGUUUUAUUGCAUGAUUUGCAUGGGAUUUCAUAGAUGACGUCACAUUUUCUAUCCUUUGUUAUAGUGUCUUUUGGGUGUACCAGUUGUUGUCGUAGUUUUUUUGUGGGGUAUUAUUGCUGUGUUUAUUUGAAACUGUUUUCAUGGUGCUGUCAUUUAAAGACACUCAUACUGAAGGUCCCAUCUGCAUUUCACACCCUCUGACACCUCACCGCGUACCCAAUCAUUGAACAACCUCUCAUAUGCAGCUGGUGCUCCCGAAUAGUUAUUGCCUUCACAUGAACAAAUGCUUCUGUUAGCAAUGUAUAAACAAAACAUUUAACAAUGCAUUUUUGGAACAAAGGAAACAGAGUCUUAGAACAGGGAUCUUUUUAUUGCAGCUUUUUUUUCCUUGGCCUUCAGUAUAUUCUAAGAAUAUGAUUAUAACUGAGAUAUAUUUGUCAAUAUUGCACUAAUUUGUGUUGUCACCUAACACAGAGCUAAGAUGAAGAUUCAUGUACAGAUAGCUUCACAUACCGAUGUUGAAUACGUUGAAAAUGGAUCAAAGUGGGCUCCUCUACCCAUCAAUUGUUUUUAUUCCGCCCUCAGUGGAACAGGUUUGGACAACCCUGUCCUAGAAACCCUGAAAUAUGGUGCCCAAUUUUUGUCUAUGUUGUGGAGAUUUGCUAUUGUCAUUUUCAAUGAAUGUAAAGUUUAACUACGAAUCAAAAUAUAUAUUUUUUGGAAUCAAACGUAAGUAUAUAAUUACUGACGAAAGCAUACAGUUUGUAUCAAUCCUGAAUUGUCUUUGUGCAAUAAAGAAUUUAUUUAAAGGAAACUGCACUGUCACAUAAAUCAUUAUUAUUAGAAGAUUGUAUUUAAUAAUGACACACCAAGAGACUGCACUGUAAUACCUGGAUGGUUAUGCAAAGGCCUGCAGUUUUCACUCACCUCUAUGCUGACCUGGUAACUCCUGCCACAUCCCUUUGACCGUUCCAUUCAUUAGAGCCAGAAAGGUCUGUGAAAACCUUUAUCAGCAGUUCACUGCUUGAAAUGGAUUGUACUGUAUUAUGCUAAUGGGGGUUUUGAAGGGGAAUCCCUCUCAAUAAAACCAACCAUCAUCAGAGAGUUACCUCUAAAUGUCAGUAUUUGUAAGAGGCCUAUAAACUCGUCUCAACUCUAUCAUUAUUUGUAUUCUAGCAAUAGCAUUCAAAUGAACAAGAUUUGAAUGAGAUAGAUAAUACAAUAGUCAUGCAGUUUUAUGAUUUUCAUAUUAAAUAUAGCAGUGAAUAAAACAAGUGAAAAAGGCAUUAACGUAACAUGCAGUUGUUUAAAAUAGUAAAUUAGGUUGGCAAUGGUCAUAUUUACCAACAUAUACUGUAAUAUCUGUGAUUUGUGUGUGUGCGCAUUUGAGGGGCGGUGCUGCUGUAUUUGACGAGUGCGAGAGCUGGGGAUUGCAAGACAGUUUGACUGUGUGUGUGUUGAGUGUCUGAGCGUGAGUUGUGGCGAACAGUAGCUCUUGAAUA